AUGGGCCGCUCGCGGCGUCGGCGUACAGGCGGGGGACGUGUCGAUACCCCUGCUUCUAUGCCUGCUACCUUUGCGUAUCCCAUCCCAGACGAUCGCGUAGGCCCGCCUUUUGCGAGCACCACAGAGCGACGUACACAUACACGCACUCCCACGCUGGCGCUCGAUGCGAGUGAGCGCGAUAUGCUGGGCAUGUACGUGACGCCGCCCUUGUGGAUGGCCCGCAUUGCGCAAGGACGUGGGGCAUGCGUAUGCACAGAAGGACUGCUUACCGAUGUGCCUGACGCCGUGCAUGGCGCCCCGCCUUCGUUUCACUGUGUGUUGCAAGCGGAAGGCGAUACCUACAUCCCACUCACAAUCACAGGACGGCAUGCGCUAGCCCUCCACCAAGCCUUGCAACGCCAGCAUCCGGCGAAUGAGCCGAUCCCGGUCUUCCUCUCAGGCUACGGCGCGGAGAUCGUGCGGAUUCCGUCGUCGGAUACGCCACGCGCUGGCGUCGUAUGGUCUGAUCGUAUUGCGUUGAAGGCGCAAGUCGAUGUCAAUGAUGCCGAUACCAUGCAGCUGUGGUUUGAAGGCGAUCGUGCGAGCCCUGCGCAAGUCGUGCUCCAGCGCAUCGACGAGCCACGCACACUGACCAUGGACAGCGAUGCUUGGUACGCUACGCAUCCUACGUACACAUCCGAUACCCCGCUGGAUCCCCCGGCCUCGGCCUCGAUGCCGCCUAUGGCGCCGCCGCCUUCCGAUGCGGCGCACCCAUGGCUCACGCCCAGCACGUGGGAUGGCCACCUGUAUACCCCUAUCCACGCCUUACGUGCCGGGACAACGGCCAACGUCGUAGGGAUCGUCGUGGACGUGCCCUUGCAGCAUGCACCCAAACGACGUGCGAAUGGCACCAUGUCCGAUGCUAUGCUGCGUCUGAGCCUUCGGCAGCCGUACACCGAGGCAGGUGUCCCAUCGCUGCUGCCUGGCAAUGUGUUUGCACGUACGUCGGAGCAGCUGCCCUUGCAUGUGAGCGCGGGCGAUGCGAUGCUUUUGCGCGGCAUCCAAAUCCACAUGUACAAUGAGCGUGCCAACCUAGUCGGCCCGGCGUUUGUGCCAUGGUCCUGGGCGACCAUGUCCGCGACGUCACGCGCCUUGGCGCAUUCCAGCGAAGGGCCUCGGGUGGGCGAGCAGGAGCGAGCCGUGCUGGACCGGCUUCUGCAGACCCACCAGACCCCACGAAGCUCGAAGCGCCCCUUGUCCACGCUAGAUCAGCUGGAGCAGGACACGUUUGUGGACUUGAUCGUGCAGAUUGUCAACGUCUACGUCAAAGGCACAGUGCCGGACGUCUACGUAGCCGAUUUUACGUCCAACUCGGCGUUUUACGGCAACGAUGCACGAUUAGCACGGCAGUACAGCUUGCCACAGCCCUUGCAGCACUUUGGCUACGUCUUUCAAGUGGGGCUGUGGGGGCAGCAGGCGCCCCUCGCACUCCGACUGCAGCCAGGGCAGCUCGUGCGGAUGGACAAUGUACGUGUGAAGCGCACGGCCAGCGGAUUCCUGCAUGGCUCGAUUGGGCACCAAAACGAUCCUGGCUACGAUAUUCAUAUACUUACGGACAAAGACCCCAGUGUGCAGGCGUUGCUGCAGCGGCGUACACAGUGGCUGCAAAAGGUCACGUCCACCCCGGCCGCUACGCCGCCGCCGCCUGUCGUACGAGGAGAAAAACGGACGGCCUCAAGCAGUCCACCGUGGGCCGAGCGUGACGUGAAGCCCAGCCCUGCCGCGUCCCCCGGACGCGACGUACAGGCCCUCCCGCCAGCCUCGCUCUUGCCGCCGUCGCCCCCACCCCCGGUCCACGCGCCACGCUACCGGCUCGAUUCUGAUGACAGUGAGUCAACUUUCGCCUAUGUAUGGAACGAGUAA